CGUCAACAAAUAAAUUGUUUCUCAUGUCCCUUGCAAUUCCGAAAAACGACUUUUUUAGUCCUCAUUCUCAUUCUUAUGCUUCUUCUCAGAACAUACUGUUCCUCAUUCCGAGCGUUGAACUUGAAAGCGAAUCUCAUUCCAAUGAAAAUUUUUUUCCGUUAACAACGCUCCUCAUUCCUCUCUUUUCCACGAAGAUGACGUGCAACACGUUCUAGGAUGGUGCCACGCGAUCUAUUGGCGACGGCGAUAGCAAGCGCCGGCAUUAGUGUGGAAAAUUGACACAGCCAAUUCCACCCUACAAGUUCUGGGAACAAGUCUCAGGCGCCAACAUUAUCGGAAAUUGUUGGAUAUUGUCUGCAACUGUUAUCAAAGACGAUUCGUGGGAGACAACAUCAGAAAGGAGCG